AAAACAAUAUCGAAAUACUGCGAGCACACGCACGUACGCACAGAGGGAGAGUGUAGCCAACCCUCGCAUCGUCAUGUCCUCCUUGCUGAAGGGUCCGGGGAGCACCAAGUUCGCAGACAGAUGGCCGGACAUGCAACCAGUGGUCUUGAAACUCCUCAAACAGGAGCACGUGACGCGGGACGAGUGGCAGAACCUGUUUUGGGACGUCCACUCGGUGUGCAGCUGGGACGAGAAGGCUGCAGUUAGGAUCCAGGAGGCUUUGAGGAACGAAAUUCUGCGAUUCAUCUCCGAAGCUCAAGGGCGGGUUAUGAAGCAUCGUGAGGAGAGUGCGUUGCUCAAGGCGUACAUCUCAGAGUGGACCAAGUACUUCACACAGUGCGACUACCUCCCCAAGCCGUUCCAAGCGAUGGAGAUCGAGGGGGGCAACCAGAAACCAAAGAGAAAGAACCAGGAUGGGAACCGCGUGCAACUGCUGAUGUUAAAGAGUUGGAACGGCAGUAUAUUUGUCGCGGUACGCGAGAAGCUGCUCUCGGCCUCCAUGAAGCUACUCUAUGCCGAGAGAAACGGCGAGGCUUUCGAUUCUCAACUGGUGAUUGGAGUUCGACAAUCAUUUGUCAACCUGAGCACGGAAGUGAGCAACAAACUCAGAAUAUAUCAGGAGAAUUUCGAGAGCUCGUACGUCGAAGCUGCACGUGACUACUACGCCAGUCACGCCCCGGCAUACCUCACCGAGAACGGCGUACAGAACUACAUGAAAUAUGCCGACCAGAAACUAUGGGAGGAGGACAGGAGAGCCACAAAGUAUUUGGAGACACGGAAAGGCUGCAACUCUAAACAGUUGUUGAUGGAGACGGUGGUACAGGUGCUGGUGAAGGACCACGCCACGACGAUUGUUGCCGAGUGUCCACGACUCAUCGCCAACAACGACGUCGAGAAACUGAACCUGAUGUUUUCCCUCAUGGACCGUAUCCCAGGAGGAGUGGACCCCAUGUUGAGGGACCUGGAGACCUACAUCGUCCAGAGUGGACUGGACGACAUGAAGGCCAACGCCGACAUCAUCACCACCGACUCUGAGAAGUACGUGGAGGAGCUGCUGGCACUGUUCAACAGAUUCACAGAGAUGGUCGUGAAGGCGUUCGGGAGUGACCACCGCUUCAUGACCUCUAGAGAUAAGGCCUACAAACAGGUUGUCAACGAUACCUCCGUCUUUCGACUGGACCUGCCCAGCAAUAAAGCAAGACCCAAUGCAAUGAUGAAGACCCAUCCUGAGUCAAAGUGUCCGGAGCUGCUGGCCAACUACUGCGACAUGCUCCUUCGAAAGACUCCGCUCAGCAAGAAACUCACCUCCGAGGAAACCGAGGCUAAACUGAGAGACGUGCUGGUGGUGCUAAAGUAUGUUCAGAACAAGGACGUGUUCAUGAGGUACCACAAGACACACCUCACCAGACGACUCAUUCUAGAAACUUCCGCAGACAGCGAGAAGGAAGAAAACAUGGUCGAGUGGCUGAGGGACGUUGGAAUGCCUGCCGAGUACGUCAACAAGCUGGCCAGAAUGUUUCAAGAUAUCAAAGUCAGUCAAGACCUCAACACUGAGUUCAAAGAGAGACAGCGCGGCUCCUCCAUGGCAGAGAUGGUGAACAUGAAGGUACUGAAUGCGGGGGCAUGGUCGCGGAGCUCCGAGAGGGUCCCGGUAUCCCUCCCGAUGGAGCUGGAGGACUUCAUCCCUGGAGUGGAGGAAUUCUACCGCAAGAAGCACAAUGGACGGAAACUGCAUUGGCACCACAUCAUGUCCAAUGGAGUGAUAGUGUUCCAGAACCAGACAGGGAGGUAUGAUUUGGAGGUCACCACGUACCAGAUGGCUGUUCUGUUCACGUGGAACCAGAGACCAGAGGACAGCAUCAGCUUCGAGAGUCUUAGGCUGGCGACACAGCUGCCAGAUCCAGAGCUCAGAAGAACUCUAUGGUCGUUGAUUGCAUUCCCCAAGAUCAAGCGGCAGGUACUACUGUGUCAGCCACCAGUCACCAACCCAAAGGAGUUCAUCGAAGGCUCUCUCUUCAGCAUCAACCAAGAAUUUGGCCUCGUGUAAGACCACAUAUUAUUUACGUGGGUGGGCUACAAAUUUUGUUUAAAUCAAAAAAAUUAAGUAGAUGAUGUCAUUGUUGAUGAUGUCAUUCCAGGAAGGGUGGGAAGCUGCAAAAGCGAGGGAAGAUCAAUCUGAUUGGUCGACUGCAGCUGACGACAGAGAAAACCAAGGAGGAAGACAACGAAGGAAUCAUAGCUCUUAGAGUUCUUAGAACGCAGGAGGCGAUAGUCAAAAUCCUGAAGAUGCGAAAACGGAUGACGAAUGCUGCACUGCAGACAGAACUGGUCGAAAUCCUGAAAAACAUGUUUAUUCCGCCCAAGAAGAUGAUAAAGGAGCAGAUAGAGUGGCUUAUAGAACACAAGUACAUGAAACGAGACGGCAGCGACAGAAACAAGUUUAUAUAUCUCGCAUGAUGACGUCCGAAUGGUAGGUAUGAAAUUAAUUAUUUGUCUGCUUUUAUGUAUCAAUUAAUAAUGUCAACAUCAGAACCAUGAAUUUGACAUGUGAUUUGUGAUUAGAGAAAAAACUACGUCUAAAAAUGUUUUUUCCAUUCAUUCUACAAUAUUAUCACUAGUGCUUAUGUAGUGAUUGUCAAAAUGUGCAGCAAGCUCACAACUUCAAAAACUGGUUCAAUUCUUCUGCUUCAACUGCCUCUUCAAAAGCAUCGAAGCCGCCACAGUAUUGGUCUCCAUUGCACAACUGUGGAGGAAGGGCAGUUGGGUUGCCUGCAAUCUCCCUCAUCUUCUUCUUGGCGUCUUCGCUAGCUGCCACGUCGACUUUCUCGAACUCGAUCUUUUUUGAAGUCAGAGUCAUAUCAAUCUUCUGUUGUUGUUUCUUUAUCUCCAGGUUCCCAGUGACGCUCGUGUAGUAAAAGGUAACAGGCAUCUUGAUUUUUUCCCUCUAGCUGUGUGCUGCAGUUCAACUCAGUAGCUCUCGAUCUCUGCGGCGGCGGUCGAAUGUAUACGCGCAAAAUCGAAAUCCGGGAGGGUGGGUGUGG